AUGGCGGCCGACCAGCUGAUUUUGAUCCCUCUUGAGUACAAGGGACAGUACUACGACGCGCUCCAUGUCAAGAACGGAAACGCCUGCAAGAAGCAGUCGGAGCGCGAGCUCCAGGAGUCGAUCGAGAUGCUGAAGAUUGUGCGCGACCCGGGCAUCGACUGGGGAGACAAGAAGCGGACCAUGGACCAGGUCAUCGAGCGGCGCGCCUCGGCGGGGCGGCAGCUGGAGGCGCUGGAGAAGCAGGGCGCACAGCUCGCGUCGGCCGUGCUCGCCAAGCAGAGGCAGCUCGUCCGCAUCGGCCGCGAGACGAUGGAGCUCUCCCUCUGCCGCGCGGAGGUGGACGAGAUGAUCGACCUCACGCGCAAGUCGAUCAACCAGAUGAACUCGGCGAUGCAGCAGGUGCACUUCGGCGGGGCCAUGUGA